UAUUUUGUUCCUCAAAGUCCAGUUGCUCUCCAAGUUCGUACCCUUCCCCUGCCCUUGCCUCAGACCUUUAAGACCAAAGACUGCAAAACCACAGCGCUGUACCUGCCGCCUCCAAGCACUGGCGUCGAGGCCCAACCCAGGAACGUUGGCUUAUUUGCCUCCUGGGGGAAGCAGUUUAGGCCUCAUCAGAGCUGGGGAGCACAUGCCUUCAGAGCCCAUGGGUUUCCCAUUCCCUCCUGUCAGCCCUGGCUGUGAAAGCCUGGGGAUCUGGAGGGAGGGAGGAUAGUUAGAGAGUGAGAGAGGCGAGGGCUGGCCUUUUCCUAAUAUCCCUAGGUUUGAGUUUAAUUUGCAAUAAAAUGGAAUCCCAGCACAUCAUGCAGUCUCCAUGGUGGUGUGUGUGUCAGGGGCCUGCCCAGACCCCUCUGUCCCUCUCUUGGCUGGACUGCCCUGGAGUUCAGUAUGCUGCCUCAGUAGGGGCAGGAGGGUCAUCCCUCUGGGCUGGGAGCCUCCAAUUGAGGACUCCCUCCCCUGCUUCCCCAGCUGUGGGGAGGAAGGGCACAGAGAAGGGGGCUAUAACCACCCUGGGUCUGGCUGGUGCCACUCAGUGAAGAGAGACACAGGUUUCUGCCCAGCUCCACACCCAAGAAGCCCACCUGCCUCUUGUUCUGGCCACGGGGGUAGGACAGAGCCCGUUUCAGACCCUGCCCUUCUUCCUCCUGCAGCAGGCCCGGCCUCCGGCGCCCCCAGCCCCCUGCUGGCCUCCCUGCCCCUGCCCACCCGGCCUCUGCAGCCCCCGCUGGACUUCAAGCACUUGCUCGCCUUCCGCUUCAAUGGCGCCGCCCCGCUCAGUCUCUUCCCCAACUUCAGCACGAUGGACCCGGUCCAGAAAGCUGUCAUCAGCCACACGUUUGGGGUCCCCUACCCUCUGAAGAAGAAGCUGUUCAUUUCCUGUAACAUCUGUCACCUGAGGUUCAACUCAGCGAACCAGGCCGAGGCACAUUAUAAAGGCCACAAACAUGCCAGAAAACUCAAGGCUGUCGAGGCUGCCAAGAGCAAGCAGAGGCCACACACCCAGGCCCAGGAUGGGGCUGUAGUGUCCCCAAUCCCAACGCUGGCCAGUGGAGCCCCUGGAGAGCCACAGAGUAAAGCAGUUCCUGCAGUCCCUCCUCUUGGGCCUCCACUCCAGCCACCACCAACUCCAGACCCUACAUCCAGGGAGCCAGCCCACUCAGAGCUCUUGGAUGCUGCCUCCUCAUCCUCUUCUUCCUCCUGCCCACCUUGCUCCCCAGAGCCUGGGAGAGAGGCACCAGGGCCUGAGCCAGCGGCAGCUGCCGUGGGAAGCAGCGUGAGUGGGGAAGGCAGGAGCGAGAAGGGGCACCUUUACUGCCCCACGUGUAAGGUGACGGUGAACUCGGCCUCCCAGCUUCAGGCUCACAACACAGGAGCCAAGCACCGGUGGAUGAUGGAAGGUCAGCGAGGGGCUCCCCGGAGGAGCCGGGGCCGCCCGGUGUCCAGGGGAGGUGCCGGACACAAGGCCAAGAGAGUCACAGGGGGCCGGGGCGGCCGGCAGGGGCCCAGCCCUGCUUUCCACUGUGCUCUCUGUCAGCUCCAGGUCAAUUCAGAGACCCAACUGAAGCAGCACAUGAGCAGCAGGAGGCACAAAGACCGCCUGGCCGGGAAGCCCCCCAAGCCCUCCAGCCAGCACAGCAAGCUGCAGAGGCACGCAGCGCUGGCUGUGAGUAUCCUCAAGUCUAAACUGGCCUUGCAGAAGCAACUCACAAAGACGCUGGCAGCCCGCUUCCUGCCCAGCCCGCUCCCCACCGCAGCCACUGCCAUCUGUGCUCUGCCAGGGCCCCUGGCCCUCCGCCCUGCCCCUACAGCAGCCGCUACCCUCUUCCCGGCUCCCAUCCUGGGCCCAGCUCUGUUUCGCACCCCAGCAGGAGCUGUCCGCCCUGCCACAGGACCUAUCGUCCUUGCCCCUUAUUAGCCCUCAUGGGGAGGCCAGAGCUGAUUUCCCAAUAGCCACUCCUUGUCUCCUCCUGUCCUGAGACACCUUGGUUUCCUACAUGCCACAGGGACUGUGAACAGCUUCAGGGGUCCUGCCCGAUCCAGAAAGAGUUGGGCUAGUUUUAAGGGCAGCUCCCUUCCAAGGACUGUCCCCACCCUCCUUUCCCAGGCCUUCCAGGGUUAAUCCUAGGCUUGCCUGCAUUUCCCACCCUGACAGACCCCAAAGAUCUAUGCAGAAUCUCAGCCCCAGCCACGUGGUGCUCUCACUUUCCUCCACCCAAGACCUACACCAAGACCCACAUGGCCAGACUCCAGGAAUCUUAGCUUCUACAAGCCAUCCUCUCCUACCCAGGGGACGACUCUCUGACCUCUAUUCCUAGGCUCUGGGGCUUCACUGGAGAUAGGGAUGGGGUCUCUAGCUGCAGCAGGCUCAAGGCUAUCAGGACGAGGUGACCAUGGGAGUGUGACAGAGGACCAUGGUGGAGAAAGGGGGACCCAGAAGUCCUUCGAUCAGCAGUGCUAAGGGGGGGGCAGAACCAAGGAGGUAGUGGGGCUGGUUCUGAAAGCUUUUGGGAGCUUCAUCUGCUCUGAAGGGGUGGGACUAAGAGAGGAGGUGAUGUUCUGGUUGGGCCCAGGGUUUUGUUUGUUUUAAUCUUAGUCUUCUGGGCAUUCAUGGGCCCAGUCUUUUUUUCUGUUUCAGAGUAUCAUUCUGUUGCCUAGGUUAGAGUGCAGUGGUGCAAUCUUGGCUCACUGCAGCCUCUGCCUCCCUGGUUCAAGUGAUACUUGCUGAUGAGCCCAGUCUUAAUAUUGAGGGAGUAACUCAUCCCUCAGAAGCUCUCUUCUUAGCCUUUCUCUGACUUCCUGAACCCCAACUCUUGGAGGGCGAGUGUGGGUCUCCCUCAGACUAUGGACUCAGUUAACACCGAAUCCCCCCAGAGCUCCCAAAGGAAGCACUUUCCCCUACAGCUUCCCACUCCAAACUGGUCCUAGCACUACAUUCAGCUUUCCCUUCUCCCAACCAGCCCCUGCCACUGUGAAGCUGAGUGUUGGGAGGCAGUCUCACAUGCACUUGCAAGACCCAUUUUCAUGCUGUCAAUGUCAACGUCACAAACUCCCUUCCACUGCAGCACUGCCCCCUCCCCACCCCACAAUAUGGGACCCUGCCAGUAUCCCCCGUAUCUUUUUUUUUUUUUAAGACAUUUCCAAUGGGAGAACCAGAAAAAGGGGGGAGGCGAGGGAAACUUUUUUGAUAACAGUUGUGGUUUUAUUGUGUCCAAUCAAUGCAUCAAUAAAUGAACUUGAAGCCCAA